AUGUUAUCAUUAUCCUCAACAAAUAAUGACGACAAUAAUUCAAAUAUCAUUGAUUUAUUGUAUGAUUUAUGUAAAGAAAAUGAAGUAGAAAAAGUUCGAAAUAUUCUACCAUAUAUUGAUAAUAUAAAUAUUAUAAAUAAAAUUCAAAAUUCAACUGGCUCAACAUGUUUACAUGUAGCAUGUUAUUAUGGACAUCGACAUAUGGUACAACUUUUAUUAGAAUAUGGAGCUCUACAUUCUAUUAGAAAUUUACGACAUAAUUUAACACCUUAUGAAGAAGCAUAUACAGAUGAUAUAAAACAGUUAUUUGUAGAACAUCGUAAAUUAUUUUCAAACAAUGAUUUUGAUUAUGAUUAUAUUGAAUGGUCAGUAGUAGGAGAUGAUCUUCUAGGAAAACGACGUGAAUUUCGUCAAGCUAUUGAUUUAUAUAAAACUUAUAAUAAUCAUCAUUUAAUAUCAAAAUUAGUAGCUGAAGUUAUUCAUUAUUAUUUAAAUGAAUAUCUGAUAAAUGAAAGUAAUGAUAGUAACAAUUCAGAAGAUCAAAUUACUCGUCAACAAAUUGAAACUAUCGAAGCAUAUUUUAAAGAAGCUAUAGAAAAACAAGAUUAUUUAACAUAUUUUAUAAAAGCUUAUACAUUAACAAAUUGUUUUUAUAAAGUAUUAAAUAAACAUUUAGCUUUAUAUAUAUUACAAUAUUUUGAUACAACAAAAGAUUUUUCAUCAAAUUAUCGUCUUGUCAAUUGUCUGGUUCAUAUUGUUACACUCUUAAUUUAUCAUCCAAAUUUACCUCAAUAUCAAUAUAAAGGUUUAUGUUAUCGUGGUAUGAGAAUAACACAAAAUGAUUUAAAUCAAUAUCUUUCAAAUCAACAUAUAUUAAAUCGUUCAUUUUUAUCAACAUCAAUUGAUCGUGAAGUAGCUGAAAUGUUUGCUGGUGAAGGUCAACAAUCAAAAAUGAGAUAUACUCCUAAAGAUCAUUGUAUAUUACAAUAUUCAUGUUUAUGUCAAUAUUUAAUAAAACAAAAUUCAACAGCUAUCAAUAUACAAAGUUUAUCAACAAGACCGGAUGAAAAAGAAAUUUUAAUUCUUCCAUUUACUGUUUUUAAAGUCAUAGCAAUUAAACGAAAUUAUCUUGAUAAUCCAAAAGUAUCAAUAUCAAUUGAAAUUGAAUUAGAAGAAUGUGAAGAUUCAAAUGAUAAUAAAAAUGAAUCAGAAAAUAGUGAAACAUUAAGAAUAUCUUCAUUGUCAUCAACUAUUGAUGAUAUAAAAGAUGUUGAGGAAUAUCAAAAAUUCAAACAACGAAAAUGUCGUCUUUAUGGCAUCAUUGCAUUUUUGGAUUCCACGAAACAGACUACAACCAUGACAACGCCUACCACACAAAACGAUAAUGCUGAUGACGAUUAUUCAUUACCACCAGGUUGUCCCAAUAUAUUAAAACGCUCUGACUGGAAUGCACGUCCGUAUACCAAUCGUGACAAUUUAACAACACUACCGGUUACAAAUAUUGUUUUACAUCAAUUAGAAGGUUUGAAUUCAAUUAUGAAUCACCAAGAUUGUGUUACUCAAAUAAAAGGAAUUCAAGAUUAUAACAUGGAUAAAGAAAAUUAUGCUGAUAUUGGUUUCAAUUUUAUCUUGUGUGAUGAUAUUGGUGAUCAACAACAAAUUUAUACAGGCAGAGGAUGGAAAUUUGCUGGUGCACAUUGUAAAAGUUAUAAUAAACAAUCAUUGGGUAUUUGCAUUAUUGGCAAUUAUACCAGUAUGAAAUCUUUAAAGGCAUUUAAAUCAUUAAUUCAAUGUGGUAUUAUAAAGAAUGAUAUUAUAGAAAAUUUUACACUGGUUGAACAUUUUAAUUCAAAAGAAAUUUACAAAUAUUAUCUGGAAUAUUUUAGAAAUGAUAUCGAUCUUCAAUAUAGUAAUCAAGUCAGCAACGAAACGUUUUUGUGUACACCUUAA